AUGGGACACAGAGAGAUAGUAAAAGCUCUUAUUUCCUUUGGUGCUGAUAAAGAAACAUGCGAUAGUGAAGGAAAGACUCCAUUUAUUUAUGCUUCUCAAUUUGGUCAGCUCGGUGUAAUAAAAUAUUUAAACAUGAUUGGUGCUAAUAAAAAUGCGAAAACACAUUCUAUUAACAAGGUGUGGGGUACUGUUCAAACAGGAUAUGGAAAAACUUCUUUAAUGUUUGCGUCAAAUGAAGGUCAUCUUGAAGUUGUCAAAUAUCUUAUUUCUAUUGGAGUUAAUAUAGAUGAAAAAGAUGAUGGUGGAAAAACAUCACUCAUUUAUGCUAUUGAAUCUGGUCAUCUUGAUAUUGUUAAAUUACUUGUUCAAAAUGGAGCAGAUAAAGAAGUGAAAAUCACCAUCUCAUCAGGAGUAUGGUCUAAAAGCGUGUUAAUAUCUCAAAUGACUCCAUUAUGCAUUGCAUCAAAGAAUGGCAAUCUUGAAAUUGUUAAAUAUCUUAUCUCAAUAGAAGCUAACGAAGAAGCAAAGGAUAAAUAUGGAUGUACGCCACUUAUUUGGGCAUCAAAGAAUGGUCAUCUUGAAGUUGUCAAAUAUCUUAUCUCAAAUGGAGCUGUGAAAGAUGAGAGAGAUAAAAAUGGAAAAUCACCUCUAAUUUGUGCAUCAGAAAACGGAAACAUUGAUGUAGUUCAAUAUCUAAUUUCUUGUGGAGCAGAUAUGGAAGGAAGGGAUGA